AAUAAUGUAAAUGAACCAAACGCAGUGCAGAUUUGAAGCCUAGUAUUUAAAAAAUAAUUAAAAAAAAAUCAAAAGUUAAAAUAUUGAGAAGUUGUUGUUAAACAUAAACUUAGGAAUCACAUGGGUUUUAUCACAUCUUGUGGAGAUUACAUUUUCUCUAAUGAGUUUGUCAUCCAUAUAUCCAUCCAUCCAUUUAUUUAUUUGUUACAAGUUAUCAUACUUGAAAAAGGGGAUGUUUUUCUUAUGGAUUACAGCGAUGAUUCCAGAUUCAGAAUGGGUCCAUUGCAAUCCUCUAAAUCAAAGCUGCAGACCCCCAACAGCUGCAGAAUUGAGUCUUCGAGUCAUUGAAUUUAUUCUUCUAUACGCUUCCCUUCCUUUGAUUUCAAUUGGAGUUGGUGUCAGGUGCUCCGUCGCGUUCGGGGCAGACCAAAUCCAAUCAACAAGAAAUUCAGAACCUCGGAGGAUGAGGAUCUUGGAGAAAUUUUUUAUGUUCUACUUUGCAGCAUACUUCCUUACUAUAAUAAUUGCUUUCACAGCGACAGCCCAAAUGUUAGAUAGAUAUGGAUGGAAAGUGGGCUUAGGAGUCCCAACCAUUUUUAUUUUCGUCUUUGUUACUAUAUUUUUCGUUUGCUCCCCUCUCUACUUCAAGGAGAAACCGGAAAAGAAAGGCUUGUUUACCCGCAUUGCCCAAGUGAUUGUGGCUACGUUCAGGAACAGAGACCUCCCAUUUCCUGAUCCAGACGCAAGCGGAUGUUACCUUUCCGAGAACGACUCAAACAUCGUCAUGCCAUCAGACAACCUAAGAUUCUUUAACAAGGCUUGCUUAAUAAUAAAUCCUGAAGAAGAUGUAGCCCCUGAUGGCUCAGCUGCCAACCCUUGGAGGCUUUGCACUAUAGAGCAAGUGGAGGAACUGAAAGCACUCCUAAGGGUCUUACCAAUAUGGAGCGCAGGAAUCAUGAUGUGGGUGAAUGCAAGCCAACUCACAUUCAAGUUGCUACAGGCUAAUUCAAUGAAGAGGCAACAUUCCCAUAAAUUUGACAUGUCACAAGCUGCAUUUCCGAUAAUUGGCGUUAGCACAAUGUUGAUAUGGGGUGUUCUAUAUGACCGUGUGAUUCUCCCCUUGGCCUCGAAGAUCAAGGGUGAACCAGUGCGGCUCUGUGUGAAAAUAAGAAUGGGAAUAGGCCUUUCACUUUCAUGUGUGGCAAUGAUAAUUUCUGCCAUUAUUGAGAGCGUUAGACAAAACAAAGCUGCCCAAAAUGAGAAUAUGUCUGCAAUGUGGCUUUUGCCACAGUAUUGUCUGCAUGGAUUAGCUCAAGGUUUAACUGCUGCAGGGCAAACAGAGUUCUUCUAUUCUGAAUUGCCAAAAACCAUGACAAGCGUCACUGUUACCUUGCUGGUGCAAGGAAUGACGGUGGCUAAUUGGCUGUCUGGGGUUCUACUAACAGCAGCGUCUGAUCUAGCCACAAAACGGGGGAAAGAAAUGACCUCCAAUGACAUGAGAAAAGCUCCUUUGCGCUAUUUCUACUGGGAAGUAGCUGCAAUAAGCUUCGUAAAUAUCUUUUAUUACAUCAUUUGCAUUAGGAAGUAUGGUCCUCUUAAAAAAUCCGAGGAAAAUGGAGCUCAGUCGGCUGAAUUGUCUCAGUUGGCUGGAUCGUCUCAGUUGGCUGAAUCGUCUCAGUUGGCUGAAUCGUCUCAGUUGGCUGAAUUAUCUCAGUUGGCUGAAAUGUAGACAUCAGAGCAUAUUGUAUAAAUGAAAUGUUAUUUGUUACAUUUAUCUUAUCAAGCAUAUUUUAUUGGAUAUUUUAUUGGUUUUUUUGUAAACAUUUUUUUUUUAGAUUCCAUCGCUCUUGAUCUUGAGCCUCGCGUCUCUGAUUUCAUGUUUUUUUUUUCUAGCCUAGUCCCUGAAAGAUGAAAAUCUCAAAGCUUACUGUUGCUUUUGAGUGAUGUCAAACUAACUAAAAUCGCCCACUGUUU